GUCUGUGAAAAACAUCUCUUAGGUUUUUAAAAGGCUUUUCUCUACAAAAGAUUUUGUUUUUAACUGUGCUGAGUGAUUCACAAUGGGUUUAUUCUAAGCCUGUUUCACAAGCAUUUGUACAUAAUUUGUAGGUACAGUAAUCCAACCUUGGUUUAUGGAAAAAAUUGAAUUCAGUUUCUAAAAUUUAUUUCUUGGGCCUUCGCUUGUUUAUAAACUACCAUAUAAAUGUGUUGUUUUUCUUUUGCCUUCCAUUUUUGUGUUCUUGUUUUGCAUCUUUUGCCAUACUUAUGUGAGUUACUAAUAAUUGUUACAUACUGUGGGUAUUAUGAAGGAAAAAAUGAAAUUUGUGCCCAGGGAUGCAAAUUAUUUCAGAGCAUCUGGUGAAAUUAAUGGGCAAAAACUUGAGGGUUUUGGUAUUUUAUAAAUAACUCCUUUAUAUUUCAUGUAUUGUCUCACCUAGAUUAGUGAACAAUGUAGAGUGUAACAUGAAGUAUAUAGAAUGAAAGUAAAAAUUUUUGUGGUCCUCAUUUAGUUGUGUCAAAGGUCUGAUGCACUGUGAAACAGCUCCCUUAGUAAAUAUUUUGGUACUACUGCACCAUAGUCAUUUAUUGCUUUUUAAUAUUCGAAAGUUGCUAGACAAAUAGAAUUUCUUUGAGUUCUUCAUCAGUGGCCUCUGCAGGGUCAGAAUUAAGACUAAUGAUGGGAUGAAGUUGUACAGAUGGCAUAUUGCUUAAUCUAGGUGCAGAUGGGUGGGUGCAUGAAAUGUGGCAAGUCUUGGGAUAGGAAUAAGCACUUCAUAUACAGAGUGAUACUUAGCAAAGCUUUUUUUUUUCUUUUAAAUUAAUGGUCUUUAUUUUUUAAAGCAGUUUUCAUUUCACAGUAAAACUGGAAAGUAGAGAAGGUUCCCAUAUGCCCAGUGUCGCCCAACCUGCAUGUCCAGUUGUCAUGUGCCCAACCUCCUGUUGACUCCUCACCACCAUAGUGGUACAUUUGUUACAGUCAAUUACUACGUUGAUACAUUAUCACCCAAAGUAUUUAAAACUGUUUCAGCUGGUCAGGGAGGGCUAAGAUUGUGUAAGAAUACCUAAAAUGAAGUGGGCAAAGUAUUGACUGUAUAGCCUGUGUGGCCUGGGGCCAGAGAGGAUGGGGAAAUGUGGGAGGGGUUGCAGAGAACCGGGAUUCCCAUAGAGAACUCUUGAGAGUAAAGUGGGAUAACCAAUCUGCUUUUAUAAGAGGAUUGUUAGGAACAGUAAUAGGUAUGAAAAUGUUCAUGAGCUGGUGGAACCUAUUCAAAAGCAGAUUCACCUGAUUGGGAAACUCACCUCUUAUAAAUGUCAUUACUUUCAAGGGAUCCUCUGGAAGGCCUAACCAACCUUAGGGGUUUUGGCACCCAGUAGGUUCUACAAGAUUUCACCUCAUAUAUGUUUGUUUCCUGUUUAUCCUUCUAAGGUCUGGCUUUCUCUAGUGGAUCGUCCCCUAGCUAUCUCAUUUUUUAUAAAGUUGUCUUGGACUCAGUGUCCUUUAACCAGUGUUACCCUAGUAACUUCUUUGAAGGUUCAUUUGUGGUUGGCUGGAUUAGGAGUGUUGGCUUUGGAGCCAGACUGCUUGGGUUCAUAUUCAGUCUCCACUUGUUUAUUAGCUUGGGCCAAUAAAUAAUCUCUGUCUCGGUUUCCAUAUCAGCAAAAUGGAGAUAAUUGUGCCUAAUUUCAUAGGAUUUUAAUGAAGAUUAAAUGUUACAGGUCAUGUAAAAGGCUUAGAGCAGUGCCUAGCUCGAAAGUGCUCAAUGCUGCUGUGCAGUAUAGCUUCAGCACUUAAUGUGGGCAUACAACAGUGAAUUACGGAAAAUAGCCUCUGCUUUCAGUUGUGGGUCUAGUGGGAAGACAGGCAACAGAUACAGUGAAAUGAGUGCCUUGGGGAUGUAUAGGAUGUGAUAGAGCCUCCUGCGGGUGUCUGGUAUCUUUGGGCCCACCUCCAUGUGAAGAUGACAGCUUUCUGCUCCCACUGUUUUUCCUUACAGAUUUGGUGUCAACGAGCUAACACAUUCCUCCCAUAGGUGUACCUCCCUUCUGUUAGGUAGUAUACUUUAAGGCCAGGCCUUUUAAUUUCUGCCCAUUUGCUGACAUGUAGUAGGUACUCACUGUUAAAUGAAUGUAUUAGUUUUCUUUUGCUGCUGUAACAAAUCACCAUAAACUUAAUUGACUUAAUUUGUUUUAACUUUUCUGGAGGUCAAAAAUCUAAAACAGGUUUCACAGCCCAAUCAAGGGGUCAGCAGGCCUGUGUUCCUUCUGAAGACUAGAGAAACUUGUUUGCCUUUUCCAGUUCUAGGAGCCCCUUGCAUUUCUUGGCUGGUGGCAUCUCUGCUUACAUCGUCUUUGAUCUUCCUCCUGCCUCCCUCUUAAUAUAAAAACUUUUGUGAUUACAUUGGGCUACUUGAAUAAUUGAGGAUAAUCUCUCCUUUUCAAAAUCCUUAACUUAAGCACAUCUACAAAGUCCCUUUUGUUGCUACAUAAGGUAACAUAUUUAAAGGUCCCUGUAAUUAGGGCAUGGAAACUGGGAGGCCCAUUUGAUAUUUUAUUUCUGGCUCCCCAGUUAUAUUGUUUGUUCAAAAGUGACUUCUGCCUCCAGGUCUGGGUACUUGGCUUUCUCAUUCUGGAAAAAGGUCUUUUCUGACACACGUCUUCCUAUAUCACUGUUUUUCAUAGCAUUAAUUGCUAUCUGAAACUGUUGACUUGCUUUUCCCAGCCGUUCUCCAAUGUAAGGUUUGAGUCUUAGCUUUCUCUUUUCUGGCACUUAGAACAAUACCUGGUGCAUUGUAGGCACUUCACUUUUUUAAGGGAAUCUAACCUCAUCAGCAAAAUAGCCAUUUAAAAUCUUGAGACUUCAAUUACUGGCAUAUUGUAGUCCUUGAGUAUUUGGUGAUGGGGGAUGGCAAAAGGAGGAAUGGGGUAAAGUGUGGAUUUAUGGAUAUAUAUCUGUAUAUAUAAUUUACUUUGGAGGACUCAGAAAUUACAUUUUGUAUGAAUAACGAUUUGUAAUACUAGAAAACCAUGUUAGGAGAGUACAGUAGAUACUUCAUGCUGUGAAGAUUGGAAAGUUUCACAGAAGAGGUAGAAUUUGGUCACCUGAAGUGUCAGGUAGAGAUGUGAUAGCAAAACUAAAGAGGAGACUGUUUAAUAAACAUUUGAUCACUUGCUGAGUGCCAGUGUAUCACUUGAUCCACAUAAUCCUAGGUUAGUGUUUCUCCACUUUGAUUGCAACCCCAGAACUGAAUUCGUAAUUGGUUUUGGGAUGAGCCCUAGACUUUUUUCUAAUUAAGUACUUCAUGUGAUUUUUAAUAUGCAUACUCCAUGUGAUUUUAUAACCUACCUUGUUAGGUGGGUUAACUUUCCCUCACCCAGGAUCACAUAACUAAGUAGUGGGGCCAGUGUUAACAAUUCCAGGCCUAAUUUGAGUGUUAAAAAAGUAACCAAGUGACCUAGGAAAGGUUAGUGUAGAGCUUAAUAAGAAUGGAGAAAAGUGUGUUGAGAGCAGUUGCAGGAGUUUUUGUGGGAACUGAAACCAUAUUAACCAGGGAUAAGCUUGCAGCUCUAGUGGGGAGUCAAGUCAUGAAGGUAGAGGCUUUAUAUGAUAACUUUAUCUGGCAAGAGCAGAGAUGCUAAGACCCACUGUGCAAAAGGUGCUAGAUGUCCAAGCCAGAGGGCACACACACCUAGCCUUUUACAAAGGAACCAAAACAAAGGAGUCAGAACAUGGAAUUUGGGCGGACUGGUGAGGGAACUCGUCAUUGUCAUUUACCUAAUUUGGGCUAGUCAGGUAUUAUUAACUGGCUAACAUUUGAAAGGUACAGCUCAUCAGUACUCUGGAAAGCGUGGUUAUUUUGAACCUGAAAAAUAAGUCUUUGACACAAGCUGAUGUGCAAACAACCCAGAAAAUUGAAUUACACCAAACUGGCCCAACUGCCCCCUCCGCGCCCUAUACAUGCUGCCUGGUGCUGUUUGCCAUUGGGCGCCUCACCUUGUGUCACCACUGACCAGUGUUCACCCAGUCUUGAUUCUGCUCGCUCCCCCACCUCACCCCCAUCUCCGGCAGCAGUAACCUGAAGGCAGAGGCACUAGUGCUGGUCGAGGGGUCCCAGUGGCUUCCGCUGCCCAAGUUGUCCAAGCACCCAUCAUGGCCCUGAACCCUAACAGGCCCCUUGCCCUAUGGAACUGAGGCCUGAGUCCCCGGGCGCCUAGCAACUGGUGCGCGUCGGGCAGGCAGGGCUGCAGCCUCGGGAGACGCUGGCCGGGCCGGGCCCAGCGUCGCUGGGCUGCUGGCCGAGGGGCAUGCUCACCCCAGGAGCGGUGAACGUGGGAGCUCGCGGCCACCUGCACCGCCUGUCCAGCCCCGCCUCCGUGGCCAGCCCCGCGACAAGGCCGGACUGGGCCGGGGGCUUGGGUGGGCUCCACCCUGCCGCUGGCUCCCACACUGCCCGCUGUGCCCGCUUCCCCAGCCACCACUGCUGCCGGAGCCUCCGACCUGGGCCCCAAGGGCCAGGAUCGCAAAGAAGUCCCUCCCCUCGGUGCAGCUGCGGGCACACAGCAUCUCCCUCUCGUCAGCACUGUUGAAAGAAGACAGCAUGUCAGUGCCAUCUCCUGAAAUCAAAUGUGAGACUUCUAAAGUCACCAGAAGUUCCUUUGGCAGUUGUUUCAUUUUUGAGAGUAGUUGGAAGAAAGCAGUUUUAGAAACACAAAAGAUUGAGAAAGAAUAUACCACAGCAUUUGGUCUAGGAGAGCUCAAAGAAUAUAUCAAAAUGCCAUAUUUACCAGGACUACAAAGUAACCAAAGAAGUAUAAGUUCAACUCCGCUAGAGGUUCCAAAAAGACUGCCACGUGCUGAUGCCGAGGUGUCUGCAAUCAGGCUAAAGAAGACUAAGGAGACAUGCAGUGUGGCACCACUUCGGGAGAAAUCAAAAGGUUCUGGCUUCAGUGAUCCUCUCACUGGAGCACCGUCUCAAUACUUAGAGAGACUUUCCAAAAUAGCCAUAUUGGAAUAUGAUACCAUUCGUCAGGAAACAACCAAAAAAUCAAAAAAAGGCAAGAAACGAGAGCUCCGAGACUGCUGAGAAAUGUACAGUGUGAUGCUUUCUUCAGUGACUUUUAAGCUUUAUAUUUUCUUUUUUUAUGUGAUACGAUGCAAAAUGAUUUAUAUAAAAAUGAAAAUGUAAAUAGGAAAUAAAUAUGUUA